AUGUUUCCAGAGACUCCGCUAACGUUUGAUAAUCCACCACCUCCUGUGCCGCCAGCGAAUGCAAGUGUCGUAAGGCCAUCGUCGAUUAUAAGCGUUGCAGCUACAGAGAGGUCGAAUGAUGAUGAAAGUUUUCGGUCAUGUAUAAACAUUGCCAGAUCAUCACCCUUAAAGCGUGAUUGGGCGCAAAUAGGCCGUGCGGCGCGAGUUCUGGAGGCCAGUGGACAAAAAAAAUGCAAAAAUUGUGAAGUCACGGAAUUCAGAUUAGUAUAUAACCAGGAUAGACUCGACUGUGUCAAACAUUCAAGUGUUGAACUCUCUAAAAAGAUUCUUGAAGUGGACGAAAAGAUCGCAAAAGUCAUGUCUAUUAUGACCACAAUAUUAAAAGCAAAGAUUCCUGCAAACGUUUCCAGCGGUGGCGACAGACAUAAGGAGCUAAUGGAACAAUUAAAGGAUGUGCUGAGUAAUGAAAUUCAAUCGGGAACAGACGAGCACUCAACGAUUUACCGUAGAAAUAUGGAUAUGUCCAAUUUAUUGGCAAGUCUACUUACUCCUCCAUCUGGUGACCAGAAGCCCGAUGUGUCACAUCCUAGUGUUCUUUAG